UGUUAUGGAACGGUAUGGAAUCUUCAGCUAAUAUCAUGCUGCUGAUGUUGGGUUAUAUGCGUUUUACAAGGCUCAAGUAUGGAUAUUAAAUCAGUGUCAAAAUCAACACAGAAGAAGGUGUCUGUGUUAAAUGAAAAGAUGCAGAAGAAAAACGCGAACCCGGCUACUGCAAACUCGAAAAAGAAGAAAAAAAAUAGUAAGAAAAACGUGAAGGCAGACCAAAAGGAUAGCGAACAAAAUGUUGAUGUCGACAAUCAGAUGUUUGGAAUUGAAGGAGUCGGGGUAUUGGAUAAUACAGCUGGAGAUUCCAAGAGAUCUUCCCCUGAGACAAAAAUUGCCCCUGUCCAGGAGAGUGGAGAGAGUGUGAGAGAUGAGGGAAGCUUGAGAGGAGAUGGAGAAGAUUCGACCAGGGAUGAUGUCAGUGAGGUUUUGGAUGGUGCUAAUACAUUACCUCAGAUAGUAAAAUCACCCCAGCCAACUCCAUCUCCCAGUGAUCCUACGAACGCACCACAAAAGUCUGCCAAGCCACAAAAAUCCUCGGCCAAGGUGGCCAAUCGUGUACCUCAAAGUGGCAUCAAAGGGCAAAGACCUAACAACAAAUCAAUGCCCAAGAGUGCUAGUAGUACGGCUGUGAGUAAACACACAACCGAAAGUCUACGUUGGGAUAAGGUUCUAGACAAUGAAGAAGAGGAAGAAGAAAGGAUACGAAUUUACAAAAUGAAUCGCCGCAAACGAUAUUUGGCUGCAGCUCAGGCAAAAGGUCUUGGCUGGGCUGCUAAUUAUAGAAACAAUGGUUCACCCUUGUCAGAGGAUUCUGGGAUAGACACUAAAGAUCGCGAGUGGAACAACAGUUCAUCAACAUCAGAUACUCACUCUGCCAAAUCUAAUCAUUCGGCACGAUCAAACAAGUCACGCGGCAGUUCAUCUGAUAUGCACCAUACUCUGACAGACUUUGGUGCAAUGAAAGGUCUAGGUCCUAGUAGUUAUGGUGGUAUGUCCAAAUCUACCCUUGUUGAUUGCUAGCCCAGGUUGUCAUGCCAAGUUAUACCUGUACAGCAAAUAAUCUUUUUAUAGAUAUUUUCAGACCUGUCCAGGAGUAUGCCAUGUGUAUGUUUAUAGCUGACUACAUCUUAUGCGUGUAACCAUUUUUUACUAGUCCGAAGGAGUCUAGGUAAAAUUUUAACUCCUACAGGUUUGUUUAUACCUUCACA